AUGUCGAGGGACGAUGCACGGAUUCAUGGUUUACUGAGGAAGUCGCUUGUUGGAGAACUUUUUGACAUCCAAUUCGACCUGUUCUCCGCUCGGUCGAAGCGCACAGGUAAUGUUACCAAGCCUCAAGCAUUGUUUGCAAACCACGAAGCUCUCGCCUCAAGUUCAGAGUAUUUUGCUAGUUUACUUUCCGAAAAAACGCUCAACGAUCCUACUUUGAUCGAACUUCAAGACCAUCACACUUGCGCAGGAGGGAUCUCCCUCAGUGAGUAUGGCUAUGCGUCUGAUAGCGACCUCGAUGAAGAAGGGGAGGGGGAGGGGGAGGGAGGGAAGAUUGACGAAAUUGUCAAAGACAAACGAAUGUUUCAAACAGCAUCGAACUUGAAUCUGACUACAAAGGCAGCACAACGUGUUGUCCUAAGCCGCAGAGUAUUUGUAACAGAUACUGCAUUUAAUACAUGGAACGCUUUAUUGUACUAUCUGUACACUGACGAGAUUCUUUUCGCACCUUCGCGAUCACAGGGAACCAAGAUUGCGAGACAUUGCAGCCUUGAUGGACCCCCGCCAUGCUCACCGAAGUCUAUGUAUCGCCUAGCGUGCAAGAUAAAGCACGAUAAAUUGCAGGCCAAAGCGCUGGCUGCUAUACGAUUAAGUUCGACUGUGUACCAGUAG